UCUCUAUCAAUUUAAUUAAAUAAGUUAAAUUGAUUUUAAUUAAAUAGUUAUUCAGACAGAUAAUUUGUCAAUUAACUUUUGAUAGGCAGCCUAAUAUUUAAAGCAUUGGACUUAUAAAUAAAGUGACCAGGUUUUAUAUGUAUAAUACUUUAAUUGCUCAUCACUGUUUACCUUUUUUUCUUUUAAUUCGUUGUAUUAGAGGAUAAGCCGUUUUACUAUUAUAAGUCCAACGUUUUUAUUUAUCCACUUUUCUGUGGGACAAGGUAUGGUACAUACAACAUCAUAAAUUACGUGAUGAUCUUAUAUUGUAUUACGUUAUAAUGUGGGGCAUUGGUAAGUAAAAAUAAUAAAUACAAUCAAUCAAUAAUUUUAAUAUCGAGUUACGGCAGUAUCUCGCUAUCUACUGAUAUGUGCUGCUAACUGAUGUAUUAAAAAAAAUGUUAGACAAGACAAGAGCCUUUAAAUGGCAUCCACUUGUCCAACUAAAUCGACGACGCAGUUUAAAUACGUCAAAUGCACGUAAACCAAAUUAAUAAGAAGAUAUUAAGUUCUUGCCGAAUUCGGUUUGGUCGACAAUUCAUUGAGACUGCCUAAGGCGUGCUAAUGAGAUCUAAUAAGAUCCAAAUCCAAGAACUUAAUCCUUUCUUAAUAAUUGUAAUGCUGCUGUAACAUUGGUCUUUUAUUAUCAAAUUUGCAUGUGAGACGAACAUUGACCAAACGAGAUCUUUAAGUUUUGUUUCAUUAUUUGUAUUAAAUUGUAGCAGCAUUCUUUUGAUGCAAAUUCAAAAUUGUCCUUCCAUAAUAGCAGGAAUUUGUGAGUAUAAAUGUAUAAUAUAUGCAAGUAUUGAGGCCCUGGAGCAUUCUAGACUAUUGGUGCGUUACCUACAUUAUAUAUUUUCAUAUAUAUUAUAUAUAUUGUUUUCUUUGUGAUGUAUCUGCAUAUCUAAUAAUAUAAAGUCAUAAUUUUCAACGAGGCCAGAACGUUGAAAUACAUUUAGGAAUUUUCACCAUUUUCGUCGGGGGUUGUGUGUGUCUUACAUUACCUAUAAGGAUUAAAUCAUUUGAUUCGAAUGGACCUGGGAGAAUGUCCCAAGAUACACGACUUAGCUCUAAGGGCUGACUUUGAAAAGGCACAGAAGUCCAAGGAUUACUUUUAUGACUUGGAUGCAAUGGAGCAUCUUCAAGCAUUUAUAAGUGAUUGCGAUCGUCGCACGGAGGCUGCGAAACAGAGGCUUGCAGAAACACAGGAGGAACUAACUGCAGAAGUUGCAGCUAAAGCUAACGUUGUUCACGAAUUGGCAGAACAGAUUGGACAAAAAUUGGCCAAAGCUGAACAGUUAGGUGAAGAGGGAUUUGUAGAAGAAAGCAUGAAGCUUAUGGAAGAGGUUGAUGAGUUGAGAAAGAAGAAAUUAGAAGCAGAACAAGAGUAUCGUAACUCAAUGCCUGCAAGCAGUUAUCAACAGCAGAAAUUGCGUGUCUGCGAGGUCUGCUCUGCAUAUUUGGGAAUACAUGACAAUGACAGGCGUUUGGCCGACCAUUUCGGGGGUAAACUGCACUUGGGAUUCAUCAAGAUCCGCGAAAAAUUGGCAGAAUUGGAGAAAACUUCUGACAAACGUAAAGAAGAAAGACGUAAAGCGUUGAGGGAUCGGGAUCGGGAUUACGAUCGUGAAGAUCGAUAUCGUGAAAGGAACAGGGAACAUUACGUGGGGGGUCGAGAAUUAGACAGAAGAUCUAAGAGACAUCGCUCGAGGUCCCGAGACCGUCAUCGCAGUCGUGAGGACAAGGAUAGGGACGAGAGACAUAGCAGCAGCAGAAGUCGUUCUUCGUACAAGUCUAGAUCUCGCAGUAGGGAUCGCGAACGUCGCUCUCAUUCUCGUCACUCGAAUUCCAGUGACAAAAGGAAGGAAAGAGAAAGAGAUUAAAUUGCAAGCUAUUAUUAUAUAUCAUUUUGAAUUUCUUUUCUAAAUCGUAGUGCUGAUUAUUAAGUAAUUUGUGUUAUUGUCAUAAAAAUAGGUAGAGUGUUAUUACAUUACAGAAAUAGUUCUCAAUUAUUAUUGUUAGUAAUAUUGAUUUAAAAUGCUUUUCAUUAUUAUACUAUCUACAACAUAAAUUACUUUUUAAACUAAAGUUCAUUCAAAUUUGUAUUAAUGAUGUGCUUCAUUGUUUAAAUUGCGGAAUUUUGUUAUUUCGUAAAGAAAGUUUAUAGUUAUUUUUUCUUGUUAAUGUCUUUGUUUUAAAUUAAAAUGGUAAUGUAGGAUAUAAUAUUUAAACAAUUCACCUCAUAAAAAAAGCG